AUGAGUCAAAAGCCUUCUGAAGCUAAGGACAGCGUUUUGACCGAAGUUAUCGGGACGAUUAGGGCCUGUGCAGCUCUUUCAGCUCAAGAUGUUGAGUUUUAUAAGAGUUUAGACCGUACUAUAUCAGAUUCUCUGAGUGAAACGUCGGCGACUUUGCUCAAAUCAAUCAACGAUGUCCUGCUGUCUGUUGAUGAAAACAACGAAACGAUCGAUGCAGGCAGUGAAGGACUGGAUAAUGCUUGGAGAGAUCUGGGUGAGGUUAUGGAUCUUUUAUUUGAGAAAUCAGAAAGCUCGCUGAAUAAACUGAAAAAAAAAAGUGGGUCGUCACAAAACGAAUCCAUUCAAUAUCUGGAUGAUUCUACCACCAUAGGAGAAAGCUCCCACAAGCGGAUUUCGAAACCGCAGUUGAAUUUCUCCAGACCCGUGGAUAACACCGAAACCCACCCUUUCAAGCCUUUGCUCAAGACAAAACCCAACGCUUUGAAACCGUUGGAAGAAUCACUGAAUCUGGUGCCCGAAGAAGACGACAUCCCUGCUCAUUAUCCGCAACCUUACGAAUAUGAAAUCGAACACCAGGAAUACAACGAUUCAGUGCUCACCAAAAACGAACCUAUCCCAUCGAAGUCCUGGGAUGACUCAGAAGCAACAUGGGUGGACAACAAAAGCACACUCGACGCUAUGCUUCAAACGCUCAAGGGUGCCAAAGAGCUGGCCGUCGAUUUGGAACAUCAUGACUACAGAACGUAUUACGGUAUCACGUGCCUGAUGCAGAUCAGCACCAGAGAAUCAGACUGGCUAGUGGAUACGAUCGCUUUAAGAGACGAGCUUUGGGUACUCAACGAGGUUUUCACGGACCCUAAGAUCACCAAAGUGUUGCACGGAGCUUUCAUGGACAUAAUAUGGCUCCAGCGAGACUUGGGGCUGUACAUGGUCAGUCUCUUUGAUACUUACCACGCUUCUAGGCUGCUUGGAUCGCCAAAGCACAGUCUGGCAUAUCUGUUAGAGCAUUAUGCUCGAUUCAAAACAUCGAAAAAAUAUCAGUUAUCGGACUGGAGAGUGAGGCCCCUUCCAAGGCCUCUGCAUGCUUACGCUAGAGCCGAUACCCAUUUCCUGCUCAAUAUCUAUGAUCACCUCAGGAACUCUCUGCUUGAGCAGGAUAAGUUACCGCAAGCUUUACAUGACUCCAGAAAUGUGGCGAAACGGCGCUACGAAUACACAUCCUUCAGGCCGAAGAUAGUAAGCUCAAGGGUUUACUCGCCUAUCGAGAAGGAGGAACCUUGGAGGUCGCUAAUGUUCCAAUAUAAUAUCCCACCCGAAAAGGCGGCACUUGUGAAAAGACUGUACGAAUGGCGAGACCUGAUUGCAAGAAGAGAUGAUGAAAGUCCGCGUUACGUUGCGCCUAAUCAGCUACUAGUGUCACUUACCAUGAGUGCACCCACAGAUGCCUGGGGGGUCUUAUCGAUGGGAAGUUUCCUGACAGAUCAUGUAAGGUCCAAUGCUAAAGCUUUGGGCCAGCUUAUAAAGCGUACCUCCAUGUCCUCUUCCUCUGCUGAGAAGCUUGGAGGCUACAGUGCGGCCGCAGAUGAGAAGUUACCUCAUAAAACAAGCAUUAGCGAGGUCGAGACUAAUUAUGCUCGCUACGUCUCGCUGGUUCAAGCCUUCGCGAGACAAAAUGGCGAGAACAACGAGUUGGAUGGCGGCUCGCUUUUGUUCGCGGGAAAGCCUCUACCAAACGAAGCAUUUGUGGGCUAUAGCGGAUCAGAAGUUGAAAAAGUGAGUCUCUCCGAUCUCGAGGCACGCAAGUCCAAGAUUACAGAUCAUACCAAACCUGAAGAACCACUUAAAAGCAUGGCUUUUGAAAGACCGGAAGACAGCCUCGUUAAAGAGCCAGAAUCGAGUGUUGAAAUACCUGCUGUUGAAGUGGAAGAGACAGAACCGGUGGCUGAAAACAAGGACGAUAUAAUCGUUUUGAAGAAGAAGAGACACAAUCCCAAGCCGCAGAAAAGGCCACUUGAUGUUGCGUCUUCUGAAAAAGAGGUUUUGGACUUCAAGACCGCGAAAAAAGUUUUGGCAGCACCUACAAACACAUCGACAAGAAACUUCAAGAAAAAGUUCGAUCCUUACUCGUCGGAGCAGAAGGGACCGGAAGGUGUCAAGAGGAGAAAAAAGACAAGAGGUUUACAGAAAUCGUUCAAAGGAUAG